AUGGCUUUCGUUCCACGAGGCAGAGGAGGUCCCCCCAGAGGUGGACGCGGCGGCGCCCCAGCCGGCCGUGGUGGUCGCGGUGGUCCCCGUGGUGGUGGUGGACGUGGUGGCUUUGGUGGUGGUCGUGGCGGUCCUCCUCGUGGACGUGGUGGUCCCAGAGGUGCUCCCCGUGGUGGUCGCGGUGGUGGAGCCAGAGGAGCCCGAGGUGGACAGAAGGUUGUUGUCGAGCCUCACCGUCACGCCGGUAUCUUCGUUGCUCGUGGCGCCAAGGAGGACCUUCUUGUCACCAAGAACUUGACUCCUGGUGACUCGGUGUACGGCGAGAAGCGCAUUGCUGUUGAGUCUCCUGCUGAGGGCGAUGCCCCUGCUGCCAAGACUGAGUACCGUGUCUGGAACCCUUUCCGGAGUAAGCUUGCUGCCGGUGUCCUCGGUGGUUUGGAUAAGAUCUACAUUAAGCCCGGAUGCAAGGUUCUUUACCUUGGUGCCGCUUCUGGUACCAGUGUUUCGCACGUUGCAGACUUGGUUGGCCCUGAGGGAACUGUUUAUGCCGUUGAAUUCUCCCACCGUUCUGGUCGUGACUUGAUUGGCAUGGCGACAAAACGUACCAACGUUAUUCCCAUUGUUGAAGACGCUCGUCACCCGAUGAGAUACAGACUGCUCGUUCCCAUGGUCGAUGUCAUCUUCGCUGAUGUCGCCCAGCCCGAUCAGGCCCGUAUUGUUGGAUUGAAUGCACACAUUUUCUUGAAGAACGAGGGUGGUGUUCUCAUCAGUAUCAAGGCCAGCUGCAUUGACAGCACAGCCAAGCCUGAGGUUGUCUUCGCUCACGAGGUCGAGCGUCUCAGAGCCGAGAAGAUCAAGCCUAAAGAACAACUCACACUGGAACCGUUCGAGCGUGAUCACUGUAUCGUGGCCGGUCUCUACACACGCUCCUAG